GCCACGUCUCGUGUGUCAUAGAGGGGGCGCGGCCACCGUUGUGGAGUCACAUUACGGGGCGGAGCCACUGAGCUGGUGGUUUGUGCUGGAUUUACAACCAUGGAGGAUAGUGGAAGCUCACGACCUAUGGCGAACCUCGAUCAUCCACCCAACAGCCGGCUCUUUCUGGUCAUCAGCAAGUCGACAUCGGAGGAGGUGAUCCGGGAGAAAUUUUCCUUCUUCGGGGAUAUCCAGGAUAUUUGGGUAGUCCGGGACAAGCAAUCUAAAGAGCACAAGGGCAUCGCGUACGUGAAGUUCGCCAAAUCGUCGCAGGCCUGUAGAGCGAUGGAGGACAUGCACGGCAAGGCCUUGACCGAGGACACCAAACCCAUCAAGGUCUUCAUUGCACAGUCUAGAGGAUCUGGCAGUCACCGUGAUGUUGAAGAUGAAGAGUUGACUAGAAUUUUUGUCAUGAUUCCAAAAUCCUAUACAGAAGAUGAUCUGAGGGAAAACUUUAAGGAGUUUGGAGAUAUUGAAUACUGCAGUGUAAUCAAGAACAAGAGCACAGGAGAAAGCAAAGGCUUUGGCUAUGUGAGGUUUCUGAAACCGUCUCAAGCUGCUCAAGCCAUUGAAAACUGCGAACGAUCUUUUAAGGCAAUACUUGCUGAACCAAGAAACAAACCUACUUAUUCUGAGAAUGACUAUAUUGGUGGGGCCAGACAAGAACCACCAUCUUAUGGGUCAGGGUUUGAUGCUCCAAGAGGUCAAAAUAUGUUUCCUUUUGGUGAAUUUGCCAGUGUUGGAGCAAGUGAAAUCAGAGGGGGUGAAAUGAGAGCUGAAGUUAGAAAUGAAAUGAGAAGUGGAGAAGGUAUAUCCACAUGUCUUUCAGUGUCUACUAGAGGAGUACUUUCACAUGAACAAGUUUAUAGUCUCUUUGAUAUCAUCCCAGGACUGGAAUAUUGUGAAAUUCAGAGAGACCCGUAUAUGGGUUAUGGUAAAGGAUAUGCUCUUGUUCGGUACAACAAUGUGGCAUCAGCAGUAUAUGCCAAAGAAAAGCUGCAUGGAUUUGAGUAUCCACCUGGUAAUCGACUGCGAGUCAAUUAUAUCGAAGAUGAUGCUGGUGACAGACGAUCAAACCCAGUUGGAAUGAUGGCCUUACAACUUGUGGCAGCUCAGAUGAUGUCACUGGCCUGUAACAGUCCUAUUGGCCAGCAGAUAAUUCCAGCUUCACCUGGAUUUGGAGGAAGCAGUAAUACACAGAUGUCUCGGUUGCAGGUUGACUUUUCUAUACCUGUACCUCAAAACUUUGCUGCUUCUGAUAGUACUGUCAGAGAGAGACUCUUUGUCGUCUUCAAUCCAACUGUUCUGCCCCUUGAUGUAUUGGAGGACCUGUUUUGUCGUUUUGGGAACCUGAUUGAAGUAUAUUUGGUGCCAGGACGUAACAUUGGCUAUGUUAAAUAUGCUGAAAGGCACAGUGCUACUAAUGCCAUGGAAACCUUGCAUGGAAAGGUUGUUAAUGGUAUCAAGCUCAAAGUAAUGUUAGCUGAUCCUCCAAGAGAAGAGUCGCACAAACGACAACGCACACACUAAGAUGUUCCAGAAAAGAUUGUGCAACGAGUGGGGACAAAUGACAUGACACAUCAGCUGACUGACUGGCUACUUGACAGUACACAGUGACUUCCACUCGUGACCUUUGCUAGUAACUGAACAGUUAACUUUUUUUAUUUUCUGGGAAUGGGCAGCAAGUGAAGACUUUGACAGAUAUUGAUUACAGUGUUUAAGAUAGGAAUUUAAUAAUAGCUUUAAGAAACCUACUCUAAUCCAUGUAACCUCUGCAUUCCCAGCCGUUAGAGUUUGAAUUGUGUUAGCUGUGUUGUCUUAAAUAACCUGUACAAAACAUAAUAAAGCUUAUUUGUGAAACAUU